UCUCGCGCGGACGCCGCCGGCUCGCGGCUUCUGUCAGGAGAGCCGGGCGUGCGAAGGCGGCGGAGGAGGCGGGAAGGCGGCAGUAGUUGAAGGGGCGAUUGCUGACUUGCGGAGAGGAGGGCCGAGAAGUGGGCAGCGAUGGUGAUGGCGGCGAAGAAGGGCCCGGGUCCGGGUGGCGGGGUCGGCGCGGGGAAAGCGGAGGCGGAGGCUGCCUCGGAGGUGUGGUGCCGCCGAGUGCGGGAGCUGGGCGGCUGCAGCCAGGCCGGGAACCGCCACUGCUUCGAGUGCGCCCAGCGCGGGGUCACCUACGUGGACAUCACCGUGGGCAGUUUCGUCUGCACCACCUGCUCCGGCCUCCUGAGAGGCCUGAACCCCCCUCAUCGUGUCAAGUCCAUCUCCAUGACCACUUUCACUGAGCCUGAAGUCCUAUUCCUGCAAUCUCGUGGAAACGAGGUGUGCAGGAAGAUCUGGCUGGGCCUUUUUGAUGCUCGGACAUCUUUAAUACCAGAUUCCAGGGACCCUCAGAAGGUGAAGGAGUUUCUCCAGGAAAAGUAUGAGAAGAAGAGAUGGUACGUCCCUCCAGACCAAGUCAAGGGGCCCACUUAUACCAAAGGCAGUGCCUCCACCCCUGUCCAGGGCUCCGGCCCAGAAGGGAAACCCCCGCGGUCACUUCUGGGUGAUCCUGUGCCAUCUCUCUCAGCUGCUGCUUCCACCUCGAGCCAGUCUGUCAGCCAGCCUCAGGCCCGCACAGCUCAGGCCCGGAGCUCCCAGCUGCCGGCCCACUCUGCUGUCAAGAAAGCCACUACCGACCUGCUGGCCGACAUCGGGGGAGACCCCUUUGCUGCUCCCCAGGCUGCACCAGCCUUUGCUCCAUUCCCAGCCUUUGGAGGCCACACGCCUUCCCCUGGGGGCUUUGCCAACUUUGAUGCCUUUGGUGGUAGCCCCGGUGCCGCUGUGUUUGGAAGUGUCCCUCCUGCUGGCCAGGCCCCAUUCCCGGCCCAGCCCACACCGGCAGCCAGUCGGAUGCUAACUGGAAGUUUCAGCUUUGGGAGCAGCCAGGUGACUCCAUUUGGGACCACUCCCCUUGCACCUGCCAGUCAGCCAAAUAGCCUCACCGAGGUGGGCAGCCUCCUGGGCCCUGGAACAUCAGCUGGAGGUGUCCCUGGCAGCCUCUUCGGGAUGACUGGCCAGGUCCCCAUGGCCGGUGGUGGCAGCAGCCCAGGGCUGGCCUUUGGAGGCCUCACCAACCCAUUCGCCGCCCCUGCCGCCCAGCCCCGGCUGCCUUCCACCAACCCGUUCCAGCCUAAUGGCCUAGCCCCAGGGCCCGGCUUUGGGAUGAGCAGUGUGGGGCCUGGCUUCCCGCAGACUGUGCCACCUGCAGGGGCCUUUGCCAGCCCCUUCCCAGCCCCGCUGUUCCCCCCACAGAGCUCGCUGGCCCAGCAGGAGAAUGGCACUUCCUUUGGGGACUUGGGAUCAGCCAAGCUGGGGCAGAGGCCCCUGAGCCAGCCAGCUGGGAUCUCCACCAAUCCCUUCAUGACUGGAUCCUCACCAAGCCCAUUUGCCACCAAACCUCCAACCACCAACCCAUUCUUGUAGCACUGUGUCCUUGGGGGGGCCUCUCCCGCUCUCCAGGCCCCCCUGCUCCCUAGAGCUCUCAUGGCCACUUGCCUGUGGGCCUGUCUGUGGCUCUGAGACCAACAGGGGCCUGGUUUUGCAGGGCAGGGGUCUCGGGAUGGUGGGGGUACUAGUGCUUCCCUUGGGACUUACAGCCUCCCCCAGGCAGGAGGUCCAGGAAGAGUGAGGCAGAGCCAGCCUGGAAGAGUGAUGGCGGUAUACCUUUUUUUCACAUGAUUAAUUACGAUGACAACCUUUCUCGCCUGCGUGGCCUGUGGGUAGAAGAAGUUACGGGCACAGCCUGCCCAGCCUUCCCCCAUGCCCACCUUUCCAGCACUGUGCAGUAGGGUAAGGAAGAGGCAUGGUGCUGACGUGGGACGGUGACCGGGCAGCCCGGGGGGCCAAGAAGACCCGGGCAGCCGAGUGCCCCUGGUGCCUGGCUCAGCCAGCACCUGCUUUGCUCUGCCUCCAUUGUUUUACUUCCCCAGCACCCCCAUCCUGGCACUCAGGAUAAGUGGUUUCACCUGCUACUUACACAGCUCAGCUCCUGACAAGCACUUUAGUUAGCCACUGGUGUCAGGUUUGGAUACCAGUGUUUUAUAUUUAUACAUAGAGAGAAUUUUCUAAUAUAGCCUAUUAUAUAGCGAGAUAUACGCAUUCAUCUACAUGCACACACCCACAUACACACAGACCCCAGAUGUUCUCUCCCGGACAGCUCUUUACAUGGCGGGGGAGGGGAGGGUCUUGCCUCCACCAAGCUGGAGCUCGGGACGGGGGAAGGAAGGCAGCCGUGUGUCCCAGCCAUCCCCGAGCCUGGGCUUCUCCAGGGAGAGGCUCUGUGCCGUCGGCUGGGGUGUUGUGCUUUUCGUUUUCCCAUGUGCCUCUGCUGCUCUGAUUCUCGGCACCAAAGCUCGUGGCAGGCAAUGUUGGAAAAGAACCGCGUUUGAAAGAAAAAGAAAAUGGCUCUCGUGGUCUUG